AUAUAUAUAUAUAUAUAUAUAUAUAUGCAUAUAGAUUGCGUACACACUGCAUAUACACAUUAAAUUUUCUGAACACUAAACCUCUCUUGCAAUGACUUCUGGUACCUAUCCAUUUGAGGCGGUCCGUGACCAUCUGACUGAAUUGUACAGUCGCUUGUCCACUGCAAGGGAUGUGCACCACAGGCGCGAAUUACUGGACGAGUUUUUCCUGGUGGAUCCUUCCUGUACUACGUUGAUAGAAGGCACCUCUGUCACGCCUGUGGUUGCGGAUGGUAUUGAAUCCCGUUGGGUGGUAGCCCCAGGCUGUGAUACCGCCAAUCGCCUGCUGUACAUCCACGGUGGCAGUUGGUGUUCCGGGAAUACCGCAGCGUACCAGUACGUGUGCUCGCAUAUUUCAGAGUCCACCGGAUGUGCAGUGCUGGCCAUCGACUACAAGCUUGCGCCAGAAUAUAAGUACCCGGAGGGUUUGAAUGACUGUGUGAAGGCGUACAACUGGCUGUGUAAAAACGGGCCGGAGGGCGAAGCAGUAUGCAAGAGCGUGUUCAUAUCCGGAGAUAGCGCUGGUGGCAAUCUCACACUGGCAACGUACCUACGCCUUAGAGCGCAAGAGAAAGACGGUCACGCUAUUCGUAAACCGAAUGGGCUAAUGCCGGUGUCUGCGGUGACGGAUUGGACCCAGCAGGGCGAAUCGUUUAAAUCUCGGGCGGCUGUCGACCCGAUUUUGCAAGAAGCAAGCUUGCCAAAAUUGCACCCUGUAUACGGGAUCGGCGAAUUCGCAGGACCCGCUGUAGACAGUAAACUCGGUCUGAAGGAUCCGUGUGUAUCCCCCCUAUUUGGAGACUACAGCCAAUCGCCACCCUUGUUCAUUAUGGUUGGUGAUUACGAGGUCCUUCUGGACGAUUCGGUGGUGUUGGCCAAAAUGGCCAAAGAACAGGGCGCGGAUGUGCAAAUCAAAGUGUACAAUAAAGGGGUGCACGUGUUCAUAGGGUUUGCACCCUACCUACCCGAGGCUGUAGAGGCUAUCCAAGACAUGGGCGAGUUUGUGCGUAAGCAUCAGAGUGCGUGAGCGAGAGAGAGAGAGAGAGAGAUAGUGUGUGUGGUGCAGUGUGUAGAAGGCACAGGUGUUAUGUAUAUGUACGUGUACAUGAGGUACAUUCUCAUUUCCACAUGGAUGAUUGUUCUGGAGUGGGUGUUUUGUAUGUUGCUUCCAUUGAGUUGCCAAACUUAGUCGACGUACGGGGCAAACAUCAGCGCUCGCGCUGAUGCAAACAACCGUUCGAGCGGUAAAUAUAACUGGUCGCUCCGCAUGGGUGGAGGGGAUGGAAUCAGUGCUGUUAGAAUGCACUCAUGUGGUCUAUAGUUGCGAAUAAAUUUAAAUUUUCAUUGUGAUGCACAUAUAGUGGUGUACUUGUGCUGCUUCUUAAUCGCGGGAUUCGUUCAUCUGCAGAGUGCCAUGUACUGACAGUAUAGGCUCGAGUGUAGCCGGUGCACAGCCAUGUAGGUCGUGACAACAGAGGACCUGUGGCAGUUCUAUCCACGAGUGCUCUCGAACAAACUAUGCGAAAACGUGUGUUGAAAGUAGUCAAAUUCUAAUCUGUUCCCGUUGUGAAUUAUGCUUUAGAUUAUGACCAGAACUGAAGCGGGAUCUCGGCAGAAUUCUGUUGUCAUAUUUUCUAAGAUCUAGAGCUCAAAACUUCUAAUAUGUUGCCAUAUUUCUUAGCAUUCAAUCUCAUAAGAUCUGAUCU